GCCGUGACCGCUUCGACAUCGUCCGGCUCACCAGCACCUCCUUGCACUCGCCCAAAGUGGGUUAUCGUCGGGUAUCAUGAUGGCGUUCGUCAAGCUUGCUCUUGUUGCCUCCGUGGCCGUAACUGCAGCGUCUGCUUUCACUGCGCCCAUCACACUUGAUGUGGCCAACCCAGACUCCGUCAAGGCAGUUGCUAGUAGUCUUGCCUUUGGUGCCAUGUCAUAUUACACUGGCAAUGUUUCCAGCGACCCAAAGAUGGUUGGUGACUUGCCGGAGCCAUACUACUGGUGGCAAGCCGGCGCCCUCUGGGGAAUUAUGAUGGAUUACUUCCACUACACUGGCGACCCGACAUACAACGACGUGGUCACGCAAGCCCUCACCGCCACUGUUAACACAGGCCCGAACUUCGACUACAUGCCGCCGGAGCACGCGUCCGAGGAGGGCAAUGACGACCUCGGCUUCUGGGGCUUCGCUGUCAUGGCCGCUGCCGAGCGGGACUUCCCCCAAGCCAACGCCAGCAUCCCCUCCUGGCUCACCAUGGGCCGCAACAUCUUCAACUCGCUCGCCACGCGCUGGAACACGACGCACUGCGGCGGCGGUCUCCUGUGGCAGAUCUACGAGAGCAACCCCAACGGUCUCAACUACAAGAACUCGGUCAGCAACGGCGGCUUCUUCCAGCUCGGCGCCAGGCUGGCCGCCGCCACGGGCGACGCCGCCUACGUCGCCUGGGCCAACCACGUCUGGGACUGGUCCGUCAACGUGGGCUUCAUCGACAAAGACCUCAAGGUAUACGACGGUGCCGACGCCCGCGACAACUGCAGCAAGACGAACUACCUGUCCUUCACCUACUCGACUGGCAUCUACCUCUACGGCGCCGCCGUCAUGGCCAACUACACGGGGCAAGAGCUCUGGAGGGAGCGCACCAGGAAGAUGCUGGAGACGACGCGUUCGAGCUUUUUCUCCCCCGCUGAGAACAGCACAAACAUCAUGUACGAGCCCGCCUGUGAGACGGUCAACACCUGCAACACGGACAUGAAGACUUUCAAAGGGUACCUGUCUCGCUUCCUCUGGCAGUCGGCCGUCGCCAUGCCCGAGCUCCUCCCACAGGUCAAGGAGAUUCUGGUGCCAUCCGCCCUUGCCGCUGCCCACGUGUGUGAGGCCACGGAGACGAAUGUCACAUGCGGCCAGAAGUGGUACGUAGGCGGCAGUGACGGCAGCCUUGGCCUCGGCCAGACCAUGAGCGCCCUUGAGAUCGUCCAGGGUCUCAUUGUCAGUCACUAGUAGGUGUUGGCUUUGUCCAUCCCCCGAACCCUACGUCGACCAACAAACAACCCCGGUUGCCAACUGUCGCUGGCCCUUUCCCUACCUGUAUACAUUACAUACACAGAACAGCCCGGGAGUCCGCUGCUCGUCAACGACAGGCACAAUUAUCCGGACGUCUGCCAACCGAUUGUGCAAACGACACUGACAGCAAGGCCAGUCCCAUGGAUAGCACAUCAGCGCCCCUGGACAACUCGACGGUCAGGAAUCCGCAAGACAGUGGCGCUAUUCACGUCAGUUGAUACGGCCAAGCACUUUUGUGGCGGCCUUGCCGCUUUGGAUACUUGGGUUACUGUGACCGAGGUUGUCGAGACGAACUAAAAGGGGUAACAUUCCGAUCUAAAGAGCUGUAAGACCUCGUCUGUUCCCAAAAA